GGUGCUUUUCUCCUUCCGUUCGUCACACAUUGCUCUCUCCCUACGCCUCCUUCAUUGCUUCCAUCAAAUCACAGUGAAACAUGGGUACCGCAAUCAAAGCAAGCGUGCUUGCCUUGUUUUUGUUUUUUCUUCUAUCACCUACUGCAUUUUCGGUCUCCAAUGGUGGAUUAUUAAGAGUUGGACUUAAAAAGAGGAAGGUGGACCAAAUUAACCAACUUAGUGGACAUGGUGUGUCUAUGGAAGCAAAGGCUAGAAAAGAUUUUGGCUUCGAUGGUGCUCUGAGGGACUCGGGCAGUGACAUUAUUGCACUAAAGAAUUACAUGGAUGCUCAGUAUUAUGGUGAGAUUGGUAUUGGAUCUCCACCUCAAAAGUUCACCGUGAUUUUUGACACUGGAAGUUCUAAUCUAUGGGUGCCUUCUGCAAAGUGCUACUUUUCAGUAGCUUGCCUUUUUCACUCAAAGUAUAAGUCGAGCCAUUCAAGUACCUACAAGAAAAAUGGGACAUCUGCUGCUAUUCGAUAUGGAACUGGAUCAAUCUCUGGUUUUGUUAGCCAAGAUUCUGUCAAACUCGGCGAUCUUGUUGUUAAAGAGCAGGAUUUUAUAGAGGCAACCAAAGAGCCUGGCAUCACUUUCUUGGCAGCCAAGUUUGAUGGUAUACUUGGCCUUGGAUUUCAGGAGAUCUCUGUUGGGAAAUCUGUUCCUGUCUGGUACAACAUGGUUAAUCAAGGUCUUGUUCAAGAACCUGUGUUUUCCUUUUGGUUUAAUCGCAAUGCUGAUGAGGAAGAAGGGGGCGAACUCGUGUUUGGUGGUGUUGACCCUAAUCAUUUUAAGGGUAAGCACACAUAUGUUCCGGUGACUGAAAAAGGCUAUUGGCAGUUUGAUAUGGGUGACGUUCUUAUUGAAGAUAAAACUACCGGAUUUUGCUCUGAUGGUUGUGCAGCAAUUGCCGACUCUGGAACCUCUUUGUUGGCAGGUCCAACGGCUAUUAUUACUGAAAUCAAUCAUGCAAUUGGUGCGAAGGGGGUCAUGAGCCAGCAAUGCAAAACAUUGGUUAGUCAGUAUGGAAAGACUAUGAUUGAGAUGCUCCUAUCUGAGGCGCAACCUGAUAAAAUCUGUUCUCAAAUGAAGUUAUGCACUUUUGAUGGUGCUCGCGAUGCUAGCUCAAUAAUUGAGAGCGUUGUUGACGAGAAUAACGGAAAAUCUUCUAGUGGCGUACACGAUGAGAUGUGUACCUUUUGUGAGAUGGCAGUCGUUUGGAUGCAAAACCAAAUCAAACGAAACGAGACUGAAGAUAACAUAAUCAACUAUGUCAAUGAGCUGUGUGAUCGCUUACCCAGUCCAAUGGGAGAAUCAGCAGUAGACUGCAACAGUCUUUCCUCCAUGCCCAAUAUUGCCUUCACAAUUGGUGGCAAAGUUUUCGAGCUCUGCCCAGAACAGUACAUCCUCAAAAUCGGUGAGGGAGAAGCAGCACAAUGCAUCAGUGGAUUCACUGCUAUGGAUGUGGCCCCUCCUCGUGGACCUCUAUGGAUCUUGGGAGAUGUUUUUAUGGGCCGAUACCACACGGUGUUCGAUUAUGGCAAGUUACGAGUUGGAUUUGCAGAAGCAGCUUGAGAGAGAGAUGUUAAAUCGGUUUUUCUGUGAAUAUCCCUCCUACCUGAACAAAAUUGUCCAAUAAAUUUACGACGUUUUAUUACCCUAAAUUUGUUGGUACAUGAUAGAAACGUAUGUCGGUUUGGUAUUUACUUUAUGCGUGAUGCAACUUUCGUCUCAAUGUUAUUCGACCCGUCUUCAAAAUUCAGUAAAUCCCCGGUCAAAGGUCGGAAUUGAGAAAUCAUAUUGUGACGAGUGCAUUGGUUUGGGUAAAGUUUGUACGGUUGU